UUCCAUCAUGUGUUCCUUCAAAGCGGUUGUAUUUCUCGUUAUGAGUGUAAUACUGCAGAUGACAGCGUGUUCCAGUAAUUUCCCGCCAGAAUUCAAAUUCGGUGCAGCAACCUCCUCCUAUCAGAUAGAAGGCGCAUGGGAUGAGGACGGUAAAGGUGAAAACAUUUGGGAUAGCUUCGUCCACCGGCAGCCGUGGAGAAUCGACGGUAAUGCGUCUGGUGACAUCACCACGGACUCCUACCACCGAUGGAAGGAGGACGUGAAGAUUGCUUCGGAGAUGGGGCUACAUUUCUAUAGGUUUUCCAUUAGCUGGACUCGUCUAUUCCCAACGGGUUUUACAAACGAAAUAAACGAAGCCGGUGUGAAAUACUACAGUGACCUGAUAGACCAUCUUCUCGAAGCUGGUAUAGAACCUGUCGUGACUCUAUACCAUUGGGAUCUGCCCGUCAAAAUGCAGGAUCUGGGAGGUUGGGCAAAUCCCCUGAUAGCAGAUUGGUUCGCAGAUUAUUCUAGAAAAGUAUUCGAAUUAUACGCGGACCGAGUAAAAACCUGGUUAACUAUCAAUGAACCAUCAAUUAUGUGUGAUAUUGGAUACACGACUGGUCUCCUUGCGCCAGGGAUCAUAGAAGACCAGUUCGCCCCCUACAUUUGUACCAAAAACAUACUUUUGGCCCAUGCAAAAGCUUACAGAAUAUUCGAUAAGGAAUUUAGGCAGAUCAGUGGAGGUCGCAUAUCAAUUCCUAAUCAGUCGCUGUGGUUCGAGCCUUUGACACCAGAUGACGAAGAUGUUGCUGAAAUGGCUAUGGAAUUGGCGACAGGUCGAUUCUGUCAUCCAAUCUUUUCCAAAGAGGGUGGAUGGCCUCCGAAACUGGAAAGCCUAAUGUGGAAGAUAAGUCUCAAGGAGGGACACACAAGGUCUAGAUUACCAACAUUUACGGAAGAGGAGAAAAAUUUGAUAAGAGGAACGGCAGAUUUCUUCGGCUUGAAUUACUAUACUUCCCGUACUAUACGGCAAGCGAAACCGGGUGAGAAAGUGGGGCCUUGGUUCCUUGAAGGAUCACCGGAGCUGAAUGCAAUUAUGGAUGUACCAGCGGAUGGUUAUUAUAGUGCUUCACCUAUUUUUUAUAUAUAUCCCGAAGGUCUUCGCAAAUUGUUGAGCUGGAUAAAGAGAUCAUAUGGAGACUGGGAGAUCGUCAUCACAGAAAAUGGCUACCCCACCACUGGGCUGGAGAUCAAUGACUAUAAUAGAAUAGCUGCUCUUCAGGAGCACUUGGAACAGAUCCAGCGUUCCAUAAUGGAGGAUGGAGUGAACGUGACUGCUUACACGGUCUGGUCUUUGUUGGACAACUUCGAGUGGUCGAGUGGUUUCUCCCAACGGUUUGGUCUUUACCAAGUUGACAUCAACGAUCCAGAACUUAAAAGGUCGCCUCGAUUAUCAUCCAAGUACUACACUUGUGUGAUUAAAUACAACACAUUGGAUGUACCAUGUAAUUGCUUCAACCAAUCAGAAAGCGCGGCACGUGCUACGAGGCAGUCCCUACCGAAUUUACCGAAGCCGAACGUGGUAGAGAGCGUCAGUUUUUUCAAAGAAGUUUAUGAAAACAGACGAUGCAUUGUAAAAGUUAUGCGUUUGUUUGCAAAAAUGAUGAAAUUAGUAGGCUCAAAUUAGACGAAAACAUGUUGUCUGUAGCUUAAUAAAUUAAAUUGCUUUCUCUCUAUAAUCAUGA